AUGGUGACCAAUGUGAGAAUACGUUCUCCACUGUGAAAACGUAGGGAUAAAUAAAGGGCACCAGAUGGUAGCUUUUCAGCAGAGGCUGAAGGUAGGGUGCAGGGUCAUGUUCAUUAGAUAUCAAACAUACUGAAACAGGUAGAAAUGAACUGAUCUUAUCCGAUAAGGCUACAUUUACACAGGCAGCCCAAUUCUGAUCUUUUGCCCAGUUAUUGGCAAAAGAGCAGAUCUGAUUGGUCAAAUGACCCAUUAGAGGAAAAAUAAUCAGAAGUGGACUGCCUGUGUAAAUGCACGCUCAUUUUUGUUUUCCAUUAAAUAACAUUUUGAAACAUUUGGCCACAGUGUGCCCUAAUGAACAUGACCCAGGUGUUGUGGUCUGUAGACUGACAGACAUACAGACGUAGAGAGAGUGAGAGGCAGCAGCUUGCAGUACAGGAGAGGGUAAAUUACCGACAUUGCAUUUAGCGUUACGUCGUUUAUUUUUGGUGAUUAUGCUACACAACGUUCCUGUAGAUUUGUUCUAAAACCAUUAUUUGUUCAACAGUAAUAUCCUAUACAUUAUGUUGAUACCUUCUAUGAAAGUAUCAGCCUGUCCCUGUUUGGCUAUCGGCUGCUGACUCACUUCCUCUCCCCACUGUGACACAUACAGCUGGGAAGAACUAUUGGAUAUCAGAGUGGCGGUAACUCUCCAGCACUACCAGCAUUCUGACCAGGAAUACGACUUUCCCCGAAGCGGAUCCUUUGUUCGCACCCCCCAGGGCAAUUGAACUGAUUCCAGAGGCCGACCUAAAACAAUGCCGGCGGAGGGGAGGUACUCAGAGCGGCCUGCUGGUCCGACGUAGGAGGCGCGCACACCACCCACCGCUUCAGAGUAUAUUACUCGCUAAUGUUCAGUCUCUGGAUAACAAAGUUGACAAGCUCAGAUCGAGGGUUUCUUUCCAGGAUAUACUGUCUGAGUCGGUCCAGCCAGUUGGGUUCUCAGUUCAUCGCGCAGACAGGAAUAAAUGUCUCUCCGAGAAGCAGAAGGGCGGUGGUGUGUUUCAUGAUUAACGACUCAUGGUGUAAUUGUGGUCACAUACAGGAACUCAAGUCCUUCUGUUCACCCGACCUAGAAUACCUCACAAUCAAAUGCCGACCGUAUUAUCUCCCAAGGUAAUUUUCUUCGGUUAUGGUCACGGCCGUGUAUAUCCCCCCCUCAAAGAACUUCACUGGAUUUUAUGCAAACUGGAAACCACAUAUCCUGAGGCUGCAUUUAUUGUAGCUGGGGAUUUUAACAAAGCAAAUUUGAGGACAAGGCUGCCGAAGUUCUAUCAACACAUCGACUGUAGUACUCGCGCUGCAAAAACACUCAACCGUUGCUAAAUCAUUCUCUCUACUAUUAUUCUGACAUUUCACAUUCUUAAAAUAAAGUGGUGAUUCUUACUGACCUAAGACAGGGAAUUUUUACUAUGAUUAAAUGUCAGGAAUUGUGAAAAACUGAGUAUAAAUGUAUUUGGCUAAGAUGUAUGUAAACUUCCGACUUCAACUGUAUGGACAAGCAAUGACAGAGCGGCAUGGACUAAGAUACAGUAGACUAUUAUAGAAUAGAAUGCAGUAUAUACAUAUGAGAUGAGUAGUGCAAGAUAUGUAAACAUUAUUAAAGUGACUAGUGUUCCAUUUCUUAAAGUGGCCAGUGAUUUCAAUAGGCGGCAGCAGCCUCUAAUGUGCUAGUGGUGGCUAUUUAACAGUCUGAUGGCCUUGAGAUAGAAGCUGUUUUUCAUUCUCUCGGUCCCAGAUUGGAAGUGUUCCGGUGUUGUGUUGGAUAUACAUAGCCAGCUAGAUAACAUAGCAUCCCUCUGUUUGAGCAGGUUGUUUGAGUAGGCUAAACUAGUUAGCUGCAUUUGCUAGCUAAGUAAGUGUGAAAAAAUUUUUUGGAAGCAAUGUAUUUGUUCAAAACUGUACAACUAUUGUCUCUCGCUCUUUGAGUCAACUACUCACCACGUUUUAUGCACUGCAGUGCUAGCUAGCUGUAGCUUAUGCUUUCAGUACUAGAUUAAUUAUCUGAUCCUUUGAUUGGGUGGACAACAUGUCAGUUAAUUCUGCAAGAGCUCAGCUAGGUUGGAGGACGUCCUCCGGAAGUUGUCAUAAUUACUGUGUAAGUCUAUGGAAGGGGGUGAGAACGAUGAGCCUCCUAGGUUUUGUAUUGAAGUCAAUGUACCCAGAGGAGGACGGAAGCUAGCUGUCCUCUGGCUACACCAUGGUGCUACCCUACAGAGUGCUGUUGAGGGUACUGUAGACCUUCAUUGCAAAAAAGUGUGUUUUUAAUCAAUUAUUUGGUAUAGUUUUAUCUAAAAAGGAUAACUUUUUUAAAUGUUUUACAAUUUUUGUUUUUAUGAAAUUCACAGAGGACAGUCCUCCACUUCCUCCUCUGAGGAGCCUCCACUGGUAUAUAAUAUAUUUCUCACCUCUUAAUAUUGUGUUCAUGGAACCACUUUACAACUGGUGUAGGCUGUAGUUAGUAUGGUUUUGAUGUGCCUGCGCAGCGCGCCAUUUGCAGUGAGUAGGCCUACAUCAAGUAGCCUAUGCCUAGCGGUGGAACGUUUUUGUAGGACAUUAGCCUACAUUUACUGAUAGCCAUGUGUAGGCUAAUUGAUUAAUCUAUCUAGCAGCAAUAUCUUUACAGUUAGCAAUCUAGCGAAGUGUUUUGAGUUCCCACUUCCUCAGGUGGUGAAUAAUAUAGCCUAUAUUUGCCAACAAAGAUGUCGGCAAAUUCUCUGAAGAUCAAAAAAUAAAUGUUAGCCUAAUUCUGCAUUAUAUUUUGACAGGUUGCACAUCAAAAUAUCAAUCAUGCAUUUCCUGAGUGUGUUGAAUGAACUAGCGUACUUUUUUAAUCAUAGGCUAUACCAUCUCAGUUGUCUUACUUGGCACUGGAAGAAAAUUGUCUAGAGCCCUGCCGCUAAUGGAAAGUAACUGUCCAUUAAAACAUUUUCUUAUCGUUGUAUUUGUUGUCGCGCAAAAUGGUUACAUUUAUCACGAUAUUACUUUUUAUCCAUAUCACCCAGCUAGCACCCCCAAAAAUAAUUUAUUGAUUUAUCGUUAUUGCAAAAAAAUGGGUGAACUUAUCGCGAUAUGGGUUUUUGUCCAUAUUGCCCAGCUCUAGGAGAGGGCAGAGGACAUCAGCGUUGAUGAGCAAGGCUCACAGCCCUCCCUCCAAGUCUGUGGAGAGGAGAGGGAAAGGAGAGAGAGAGGGAGAGAGAGUGCAUCAGCGUUGACGUGAGCAGAACACAUCAGACAGCCCUCCAUCCAAGGCUGCAGAGAGGAGAGGGAAAGAGGGGUGUGCCUGUGGCUGGAGGCUUGCCGGUAUGUUCUGAGGGGGUCUCAUCUGUCCUUUCCUCUGCCUGCUAGAUACCUAGUAGCUACAGCCUCUAUAAGCACUCAUGCUUUCAGAAACACGAAGUCGCCUGUUUGAGUUCCUAGCACAUGGAUUGGUGAGUGAAAUGGUUGUGUGUUGUGGAGGAUUUUUGUUGUUAGCGUUUUUAUUGGGAUUUUUUGCUGUAAAAUUUCCAGGGUAUUUCACCUAUAUCCCUAUACCUGAAAUAUGUUUUAUUGGGUAGUGAAAAUAUACAUUUAGUUUCUUAUUUACAAUUUUAAGAUGGCUAAUAUAUUUUUUAUUGUGAAUGCAAAAUAAGGUGGCCUUGAUUCAAUAUAAGGUUGUUUUAAUUCAAUCUGUAUUGUGUUGGCUAGUGCUGAUGUUUGUUAUAUUGUCCUUGAAUGAUUGUUCAAUUUAGUUCCGUUCUACAUCAAAUAUCAGAGCAUGUCUGCCCGUAUUUCAAAACAUGGAUUUAUAUUCACUUGUUGCUGCUCACCAAUGUCUCCUGUAUGCUCACCAAUGUCUCCUGUAUGCUCACCAAUGUUUCCUGUAUGCUCACCAAUGUUUCCUGUAUGCUCACCAAUGUUUCCUGUAUGCUCACCAAUGUUUCCUGUUUGCUCACCAAUGUUUCCUGUAUGCUCACCAAUGUUUCCUGUUUGCUCACCAAUGUUUCCUGUUUGCUCACCAAUGUUUCCUGUUUGCUCACCAAUGUUUCCUGUAUGCCUGUCCUAUUCGAGUCCUUUAGUUAUUUAUAAAUAAUGGUGAGGAAUUUAACGUAGUUUUCAUGCCAUUGAAACAGCCUCUAUCCAGAGAAUCACCUUGUUUGUACGAUUCCUUCCACUACCGUCCUCACCAAGCCACAUCCUUGACCCUGACUGGUAUGGUACGGAACAGCAUAGAGUAGCCAGCCAAGUAGAAAAAGGAGCCAGCCAGGCGCUCCUUCGCCGAAUAAGCUUUAUUUCGGUGGCAUCUGGUACAUUCUAAUGCCUUGAUUCCAUCUCAAAUACACAGUGAAAUUAUUGAAUACUUAAUCGAGUUUACCUUCAACCACAACCUCUUUACUUCUCUCUUUUCUCCUCUUCUACAUUUUAUCAUCUCUUUUAUCCUAUUUCCUCUCCUCUUUUCUCCUAUCAUCAAACACCAUCCAUCUUUCCCUCUCCUCCAGACUCUAACCCCUCCCUCUCCUGCAGACUCUAACCCCUCCCUCUCCUCCAGACUCUAACCCCUCCCUGUCUCUCCUCUCCUCCAGACUCUAACCCCUCCCUGUCUCUCCUCUCCUCCAGACUCUAACCCCUCCCUGUCUCUCCUCUCCUCCAGACUCUAACCCCUCCCUGUCUCCUCUCCUCCAGACUCUAACCCCUCCCUGUCUCUCCUCUCCCCCUCCAGAGACCAGGUGGGAUGCCACCCUCCAGCCGUAUGACACCACAGGGUCCGCCCAUGGGGCCUCCAGGCUACGGCUCCAGCCCCGUGUCCCGACCAGGGAUGCCUGGCGUCAUGGAUCCCUCCCGUAAGAGGCCUGCCCCCCAGCAGAUCCAGCAGGUCCAGCAACAGCGCAACCAACAGUAAGAUCUGACUAACUGUCAGUAUUUUGUUAUUUUAGGCUUGAAUGGAUUUACUUCAACAGUGAUCUUUUACAUUGCUACCAGGAGAUGAGGGAUAUUAUAAAUGAUUAUUAGUUUACUAUAAUUAUUUGUCCUCAUUCAGAGUUGACCGUAUCUUUGUAAAAAAGAUUAAAUACAGGCCUUUUCGUUCCUUAUAAACUCCCACUGUAUUGUUUUGUUUUAUUGCAGUACCAAGAAGAAGAAGAUGGCGGAUAAGAUUCUACCUCAGAGGAUCCGGGAGCUGGUGCCAGAGUCUCAGGCCUACAUGGACCUGCUGGCGUUUGAGAGGAAGCUGGAUCAGACCAUCAUGAGGAAACGCCUGGACAUCCAGGAGGCACUCAAGAGACCCAUCAAGGUAAAAAGAUGGAGUAAUAUCCUCACUAGGGCCAAGGCCUGUAUUCAUAAAGCAUUUCAAAGCAACAGUGCUGAUCUGGGAUCAUUGUUGCCUUUUAGAUCCUAAUGAAUAACAUUAUAUGGACAGGGAUGAUUUUAUAGGCUACAAUUCAGGCCCAGGAUUUUUUCCUGACCAACAAGGUGGCCUGACCAGGAAAGCUCAGGGCCUGAGUUGUAGCCUAUAAAAUGGGACCUGGAGUUUUCCAUGGUCAUCACGUCCCAUGUUUUGCUCUGAAGAUAAUACAGAUUUUGGUAGUGAAAUUCAACAUGACUGGGCUUUUUGUGUUUCAGCAAAAGCGAAAGCUUCGUAUCUUCAUAUCUAACACCUUCAACCCUGCCAAGCCCGACGCAGAAGACGGAGAGGGCACUGUUGCAUCAUGGGAACUGCGUGUCGAAGGGCGCCUGCUUGAAGAUGUAAGACUAAUUAGUAGCCGUUUGUUUGUGUGUAUUGAGGGUGUGUGUUGAAGGUUAGUGUCUUGUGUGUGUGUGUUUAUAACUUGGUAAAAUGUAUCUGAUAAUUGUUUUCUUUCUCAGACUGCUGUGUCCAAGUAUGAAGCCACCAAGCAGAAGAGAAAGUUCUCUUCUUUCUUCAAGUCUCUGGUCAUCGAGUUGGACAAGGACCUAUAUGGGCCUGACAAUCACUUGGUCGAGGUAAGAAGAUGCGGUUUAAUGUUCGGAUAUAAAAAUGUAUGAUUAGAUUUGUUUUCAUGAAUAAGGCGAUCAAUAUUAGCUAAUUUCCACUGCCACUUUUCUUAACCGCUUUCUCUAUUGUAAUCUCUCUAAUGAUAUUCUGUUCUAAAGAAACUAAAAGGACUAGUAACGUUUUUUUAAAUAUUGUUUAGUGGCACAGGACUGCGACCACUCAGGAGACGGAUGGGUUCCAGGUGAAGAGACCAGGUGAUGUGGGCGUACGUUGCACUGUCCUGCUCAUGCUGGACUACCAGGUAAACACACCUCGAAUUCACAACCUGCUACAACCUCACACACUCCCUCUAGCUGUCACUAAAGGUAAUGUUUUAACUAUUUGGUUGUAAUAUCAGCACUUCUUGAAGAGCGUAGUCAGAACUACGAAUGUCCGAUUAUUCCAUGCAAAACAAUUGCACACAUUUAGCUCGGUCAUCAGAGUUAUACAGCAAGUAAAUGCAUGCUAUUCAUGAUCAGUAAAACAUCUGUUGAUCGUGUCGUUUCAGAUACAUUAGGGUAGCCAACCCAUUUGGCAUGUAGAUAGUUAGUAGGGGUGUAGAUAGUUAGUAGGGGUGUAGAUAGUUAGUAGGGGUGUAGAUAGUUAGUAGGGGUGUAGAUAGUUAGUAGGGGUGUAGAUAGUUAGUAGGGGUGUAGAUAGUUAGUAGGGGUGUUGUUCGUUUAGGGGUGUAGAUAGUUAGUAGGGGUGUUAUCGUUAGUCGGGGUGUAGCUCGUUAUCGGGGUGUAGCGUCUUCGUCGGGGUGUGCUCGUUCGUCGGGGUGUCGCUGUUUCGUCGGGGUUGUGCAUCGUUCGUGGGGUGUCGCUAGUGUUCGUCGGGUGUCGCUCUGUUCAGUCGGGUGUCGCUCGUUCGUCGGGGUGUCGCUCGUUCGUGGGGUUUUCGCUCGUUCGUCGGGGUGUCGCUCUGUCUGUGGGUGUCGUCAGUUCGUCGGGUGUCGCUCGUUCGUCGGGGUGUCGCUCGUUCGUCUCGGGUUGUCGUCGGGGGGUGUUCGUGGGGUUGUCGCGUUAGUUCGUCGGGGUGUGCUUGUUCGUCGGGGUGCUGUUCGUCGGGGUGUCGCUCGUUCGUCAGGGUGUGUGUUUUCGUGGGUGUCGCUCGUUCUGUGGGGUGUCGCUCGUUCGUGGGGUGUCGAUCGUUCGUGGGUGUUCUUGUGGUUGUCGUUGUCGGGGUGUGUCUUCGUCGGGGUUUUCUACUCGUUCGUCGGGGUGUCGCUCGUUUUCGUCGGGGUGUCGCUCUUUUCGUCGGGUUGUCGCUCGUUCGUCGGGGUGUGUCGUUCUGGGGUGUCGUCGUUCUGGGUGUCGCUCGUUGUCGGGGUGUCGCUCGUUCGUCGGGGUGUCGCUGUUGUCGGGUUCGCUCGUUUCGUGGGUCUGUUCGUGGGGUUCUGUUCGUUCGUCGGGUGUCGCUGUUCGUUUCUCGGGGUGUCCUCGUUGUUCGUCGGGGUGUCGCUCGUUGUUCGUCGGGUGUCGCUCGUUCUUCGGGUGUUCUCGUUUCGUCGGGUGUGCUGUUCGUCGGGGUUCGCUUUUCGUCGGGGUUGUCGCUGUUUGUCGGGGUGUCUCUCGUUCGUUCGUCGGGGUGUGGUCUCGUUCGUUGUCAGGGGUGUCGCUUUCGUUCGUCGGGGUGUCGCUGUUCGUUGUCGGGGUGUGCUCGUCGUUCGUCGGGUGUCUCGUUCGUUCGUGGGUGUCGCUUCGUUUUCUGUCGGGUGUCGCUGUUCGUUCGUCGGGUGUCGCUCGUUGUUCGUCGGGGUGUCGCUCGUUCGUUCGUCGGGUGUCGCUACGUUCGUUCUCGGGGUGUCGCUCUUUUCGUUCGUCGGGUGUCGCCUCGUUCGUUCGUCGGGUUGUCGUCGUUUCGUUCGUCGGGUGUGUCGCUCGUUCGUUGUUCGGGGUGUCGCUCGUUAGUUGUCGGGGUUGUGCUGUUCGUUUUUCGUCGGGUGUGGUCUUUUAGUCGGGUGUCGCUCGUUGUGGGGUGUGUAGUUCGUCGGGGUGUCUCGUUCGUCGGGUGUCGCUAGUUAGUAGGGGUGUAGAUAGUUAGUGGGGUGUAGAUAGUUCGGCUUUUUGGAAGAGCUUGACGUCGGCGACUAGCCUGUUUUGAUUCACAACUCGUCCUGGUAAACGACAGUCAUCACUAGGCCUGUGGCGGUCACGAAAUUUCGUCAGCCGGUGAUUGUCACGCAAAUAACUGUCGGUCUCAAGGGAAUUGACCGUUAAUUAACAUAGACACAUUUAGCAUCUCCUGGCUUCCACACACAGCCUACAAGCCAUUGAUGCAGACCUUUGGAACAUCUACAUUAAAAUUUAAAAAAAGUAUAAUAAAUCAUUGUAAUAUAUCCUACACCUUCACAAUAAAUCCAUUAUUUAUUUUAGACAGGUCUAAAGAAACAUGAUAUGAAGAAAAUGUAGUCUAUUUCAGAAGAACAGAAUAGCAUACUCUGAGUUGUCCUUAUGUUAGGUCCUGAUGUGGCUAGGCCAAGUUGCUGUGGGCUACACUAGUUCAUUUAGCGGACAAGAUUUGCUUAGAAUUCCAUGUUAUUAUUUUAUGGUAUGAAGAAAACAAUUGAACAAAGCUGAAUAAAAUAGAAAGGAUAUUUUCUCCAAAUGAUUUGAGGGAGUGCGCUCAUGUGGCUAUUCUGUGUUGAGCGGUUAACAAAGAAAUAGGUCCUCCUAUAUGCAUAAUUUAGUUAUUAAUGUAACUUUAGUUGUUCUAUAAACGUUGGGCUAUAUGUUUAGAUUUUCAAUACAUUGUAAGGCUGCAUGAUGUGACUAAUGAUGAUUUGAAAAAAGUAUCUUGAAAGGAAUGAGCUCUGCUUUGUUUUUUGCGCAGGCGUUACACACUUCAUCAGUCUCUCAUUCACAAUUUGACAAGCACUUGAUAAUGCCUCGAAUUUCACGGUGGCAUCCCCUUUGUGUGGCCGUAAUGCAACCCAAAAAAAAUCCAUGCCUUUUGCGGCCAGUGGCCGUUGUGCCCUUCUCCCUGAGUGCUGUGCGCUCCGAAUCACCUCUCACUCACAUGGCUCCCCAUCACGUGUUCGGGUCUUUCUCACAAGCUACAAGUGAAGACGGACACAUCGGGGACGCAACUGCACGCGUCCUUAUCCAAUUCCGAGGUGCAUAUUGAAGAUAUUGGAAGAACUGUCCACAUUUACUUUUCGUCAGCCAACAAGAAGAGUCGGCCUGACGAACAGCAAAAGCACUAGCCUAUGUCCAUCUACUAUCUCUCAUUGUAUUCUGUGCGAGAAAUAAAUAUUCCAAACAUAGUCUGGGACAGUUGUGGGAUGCGAUAGAUCCCAAAUUUAAUGCAACCACUAGCAUCCCCCCAAAAAAAUUUGCGCAAUGUGGCUGACGCAACAGAUCAGAACGUUUAGCUUAACAUUUUGAUCAACUAUUAGGCUAUUUCUUCACAUUAUAAGUGCAGCAAUGCACACAUGGUAGUAGGCUAUAAGCGGAAAUGUUCCAUUAGCGGAAAACACCAUUUAUCAAAAGUGACCGCAAAUGCAAUUAUGCAUGUAAUGCUUUUAUUGUAAAGGUGCAUUUUUAUGAUAAAUUAUCUUCCCCAAACUUGAAACUCACACGCUGCUUAUGUAUGCCAGUUAGGCAAUACACCCCUUGUAAAGUGGAUUAAUGUGCUUAAUUUUAAGAAGUUAUUUGGCCACUUUAGUUGUGAUACAAACCUUAUUAAAACAUAUAGGCCUAUGGGCUGUGCUGCAUGAGGUGUGCGACUAUGAUUAGAAAAAGUCGCCAAAAAAAAAAGGCAUUGUUAAGAUGGGCAUCAUUCACAAGUGAUAAUAUAUCAUUCACAAGUGAUAGGCUAAUAUUGUCACCUAUCAGACUGUUCUUGAUUUCAUCUUGCCUUUACAUACACUAAAUAAUAUAUGUUAAAUUUGUUUUGAUUUAGAAUGGACGAUUAUCAUGCACCUGUAUCGAAACAGGGGUAGUGGGAAAAAAUACAUGUCUAUGCACUUAAAUAGCGAAUGGAGGACGCUUUUCCCCGUGGUUUAUUUUCAUGCCAGCCAGGUAGGCUAUACUCCUGUUGUAAAUAUAAGCAAUGUGCUUAAUAUUAGGAAAGUUGAGAAAUAAAUAUAGUAGGCCUAGCCUAUAGAAAGCUGAUCCUCCUCUUUUUACAUCACUCUGUUUUCUCGCACAAUUGCGUAGCCUAUUGAAAUGUUGUGCAACAUGAGCUCAUGGGCUCUCAUGAAGUGUUUGAUUAGAUUUUUGAACACAUUUGCAUUGAUGUCAGAGUGAUUAGAGGGACAAUAGAGUGCUGAGUACCAGGCAGUUAGCAAGUUUGGUAGGCUACUAAUGACCAUCAGUAGCAUCAGAGCUUGGAGAAGCCUAAUUACCCUGACUAAACGGUCACGUGGAAUUUGACUGCCUUCAUAACUCGUGACCGCCGGUGUGGCGGUAAUACGGUCACCGCAACAGCCCUAGUCAUCACCACUAUAGAUGGUAUCUAGUUUAUCUCCUGAAAGGUAGCUUGUUAACUAGCAUAAUUGACGUGAUCUGUUAUUAGCUAGCUAGCCAAUUUGACGUGGUCCAUCAAUCAAUGUAGCCUAUCAUGUCUGCCAGAAGCAAUUGCGGUUGAACGCUCUUAAAAACAACGUUGAAAAAGGGGAUAAUGUUGUAAGCUAGGUAUGUUGGUUGGAGAAAAGUACAUUACUUGCCAACAGUAGGCUAGCCAACAUGGGCAUAUGUGCCCUUCUGCUGCUUGACAGGCAGAGCCCACAAAGGAUGGAACAUUUACCUAAACCACUUGUCGGGUAGAGUACACUUUUUUAUUUCAUAUCACUCAAAUAUCCAAUUAAUGGUGGCCAAUAUUGAGAGAGAUCCUCACGUAUUGUGUCUGUAAAUUACACGAUCAAUUGAUGUUUACUGAUCGUGGAAAGUAUGCAGUUACUUGCUGUUAUAACUCUGAGCUAAAUGUGAGCAGUUGUUUUGCAUGGAAUAAUUGGACAUUUGUAGUUCUAUGCUCUUCACCUUAGUGUGAGGUUUUAUUGAUGACGACCAGGCGUAUGAACCAGGCGUUUCUGACUGCUGCACCUUUCUCAACAUCUCUCCCAAAUACAUGCUUGUCUUUUGCGUCUUCAGUUUGAUGGUGUAAUGUCACAGCUAAUUUCUCUUCUCCCUCCCCUCCCCUCCCCUCCCCAGCCCCCUCAGUUCAAGCUGGACCCUCGCCUGGCCCGUAUGUUGGGGAUCCACACCCAGACCAGGCCGGUCAUCAUCCAGGCCCUCUGGCAGUACGUUAAGACCCACAAGCUGCAGGACCCCCACGAGAGAGAGUUCAUCAACUGUGACAAGUACCUGCAGCAGGUCAGAGUUCAUCAACUGUGACAAGUACCUGCAGCAGGUCAGAGUUCAUCAACUGUGACAAGUACCUGCAGCAGGUCAGAGUUCAUCAACUGUGACAAGUACCUGCAGCAGGUCAGAGAGUAGCAAGUCUCUAUGUUCACAGCUGGUUGGAAGAUAUAAGCCUUUCUUAGGGAGAGUAGAACCAGUGUCUUUUCCCCACUUUUGUAUCUGUAAUGUUGAGGCUUUGUUAUAUAACCUGAUGGACAGUAUGUAAGUAAUGGGAUUUGCCAUUUCAUGAUCUUUAUGGUUAUGGUAAAUGGCCCUGUUAUGUUGUCCUUAGCCUAAACACACUGUAGACCUCCGACAUAUGAUCCUUAUUAACUGUCCAUAGCUGAAACUUACAAAGCACAAUAUUGAAUCCUUGCAUGUCCAGUUCUUGAGUAAAUGAAUAAAGUUCUGUUUUUAUCUAUGUUCUAGAUCUUUGAGACCCAGCGUAUGAAGUUCUCUGAGAUCCCACAGCGUCUACAUGCUCUCCUGAUGCCUCCAGAACCCAUCAUUAUUAACCAUGUCAUCAGGUAGGGCUAACCUCUGACCAUCAUUAUUAACCAUGUCAUCAGGUAGGACUAACCUCUGACCAUCAUUAUUAACCAUGUCAUCAGAUAGGGCUAACCUCUGACCAUCAUUAUUAACCAUGUCAUCAGAUAGGACUAACCUCUGACCAUCAUUAUUAACCAUGUCAUCACUAACCCUAACCAGGUUUUAAAUGAUAUCACUGAAGCCCUUGACAAAAAAACAGCACUGUGUCUCACUUUUUAUUGAUCUCUCUAAGGCUUUUGAUACAGUUGAUCAUGCUAUACUAAGGCAGAGAUUGUUGAGUGUAGGUCUUUCGGAGCAUGCAGUUGCAUGGUUUGCUAACUAUCUGUCUGAUAGAACUCAGUGCACUCAAUUUGAUGGGCUUAUGUCUGUUAAAUUGUCUGUCCUGAAUGGUGUGCCCCAGGGCUCUGUACUUGGUCCUCUCUUAUUCACUAUUUAUAUUAAUGAUUUAGACAAAAAUGUCCAAAAUGCACAACUUCAUUUUUAUGCUGAUGAUACUGUUAUUUACUGUUGUGCCUCAUCUCUUACAAAAGCUUUCCAGAACUUGCAAACUGCUUUUUAUACUGUUCAACAUACCUUGUGUCAAUUGAAGCUUAUCCUCAAUACUGACAAAACUAAACUAAUGGUGUUUUCUAAUGCAAGAAAUAGACCUCUGAACCUUUCACCUGUUACUACCUGUCAGGGCAAGGAGAUUGAGGUUGUAACCUCAUAUAAAUAUCUUGGAAUUCUAAUUGAUGACGGCCUCUCUUUUAAAUUGCAUAUUCAACAACUUACAAAAAAAUUGAAGCUGAAAUUGGGAUUUUAUUUUAGGAAUAAGGCCUGUUUUUCUUUUGAAGCCAGAAGGAGGCUAGUGUCAGCUACAUUUAUGCCUUUACUAGACAAUGGAGGUUAUUUUAUAUAUGAAUGCUUCCGCUCAGUGUUUGAGAUCAAUUGACACUCUUUACCAUGGUACUUUGAGAUUUAUUUUAAACUGCAAAACCCUUACGCACCACUGUACUUUGUAUACCAGGGUUGGCUGGCCUUCUCUAGUCACUCGUAGGCUCAGUCACUGGUAUACUUUUAUUUACAAAGCCAUUUUGGGUUUACUACCUUUUUAUUUGGGCAUUUUUAUUGUUCAGAAAUGUGGUGGGUACUCUCUUCGUUCACUGGACUUUAUCCUGCUAACUGUUCCAAAUGUCCGAACUGAAUUUGGUAAAAGGUAUUUUAUGUACUCUGCGCCAUCGUCUUGGAACACCUUACAAAAUAAUUUUAAACUGGAAGAACUUGUCCCGAUUGGUGUUUUUAAAUCUCUGAUGAAGGUUUUGAGGCUGAUUCCCUGACCUGUCAAUGUUUUUAAUUUGCUGUUUUUGAUAUUGUUAUACUCUUGUGAAUUCAUGAAUGGUUUUUUACUAGAUUACUUGUAGUUUUUCAUGUUGUCUGUCUGUAAUUUUUUGUAAUGACUUGGUGCUGCCUAUCUUGGCCAGGACGCUCUUGAAAAAGAGAUUUUAAAUCUCAAUGAGCCCUUCCUGGUUAAAUAAAGGUUAAAUAAAUAAAUAAAUGUCAUCAGGUAGGGCUAACCUCUGACCAUCAUUAUUAACCAUGUCAUCAGAUAGGACUAACCUCUGACCAUCAUUAUUAACCAUGUCAUCAGGUAGGACUAACCUCUGACCAUCAUUAUUAACCAUGUCAUCAGGUAGGACUAACCUCUGACCAUCAUUAUUAACCAUGUCAUCAGGUAGGACUAACCUCUGACCAUCAUUAUUAACCAUGUCAUCAGGUAGGGCUAACCUCUGACCAUCAUUAUUAACCAUGUCAUCAGGUAGGGCUAACCUCUGACCAUCAUUAUUAACCAUGUCAUCAGGUAGGACUAACACUAACCUCCAGCAACAACACCUCACUGUCCUCACCACUAUGGUCAACACCUCACUGUCCUCACCACUAUGGUCAACACCUCACUGUCCUCACCACUAGGGUCAACACCUCACUGUCCUCACCACUAGGGUCAACACCUCACUGUCCUCACCACUAGGGUCAACACCUCACUGUCCUCACCACUAGGGUCAACACCUCACUGUCCUCACCACUAGGGUCAACACCUCACUGUCCUCACCACUAGGGUCAACACCUCAUUAUGUCAUCACUAAGGUCCAGAGUUUUUCCGUGGUCAGGAAGAACUCCUGGCCCUUUUUUAUAACUUAAUGCUCAGAUGAUCAGAUCUCACAAUGCCUACAAAAGUGUUCAAAUGUCUCAGGAACCACGUUAAUAUGAUCUAAAACUCUGCUGAGAUGUGUGCGGCGUGACUGCAAGAAAAUACAAUCUGGAACGAACCCGUAGUGUAAGAUAUUCGGCAUGAUCUAACUUCUCGCUGUCUCUACAGCGUGGAUCCCAACGACCAAAAGAAGACGGCCUGCUAUGACAUCGAUGUGGAGGUGGACGACACUCUGAAGACCCAGAUGAACUCCUUCCUCCUGUCCACCACCAGCCAGCAGGACAUAGCUGGCCUGGACAACAAGGUAUGUAUGGUGCUCGUGCUGUAGUUGACGUUUACAGUGGUCCGUAGCUGGCCUGGACAACAAGGUAUGUAUGGUGCUCGUGCUGUAGUUGACGUUUACAGUGGUCCGUAGCUGGCCUGGACAACAAGGUAUGUAUGGUGCUCGUGCUGUAGUUGACGUUUACAGUGGUCCAUUAAUUAUCAAGGGACUGAAUCUAGCCUACAACCUCUUAUACAUUUACAUUUUAGUCAUUUAGCAGACGCUCUUAUCCAGAGCGACUUACAGGAGCAAAUAGGGUUAAGUGCCUUGCUCAAGGGCACAUCGGCAGAUUUUUCACCUAGUCGGCUCAGGGAUUAGAACCAGCGACCUUUCGGUUACUGGCACAACGCUCUUAACCGCUAAGCUACCUGCCGCCCACUUAUGGUGAGAUUUUCUGAGGCUGUGUUGCUGAGGCAAUAAACAGCUGUUUUUCCGCACUCCUUUUGUCUCUCCUAUUGUACAGCCCAUCGUCAGAACGCUGGAGGAGUGAGAAAUAAAGGCGACAUAAAAAAAUUGCAUUCCUUUGAUUGAUCCUAAAUACAGUCAGCAGGAACUGGGAGCAGACAGGAACCGACUGUACAGAGAAACUCACUGAACCUGAAAUAAAGGGACAAAUAGGCAGCCCUCCUCCCUCUCCAGCAGCAGUACACCUACUUCAAGUUCAGACUGUUAAUACAGACCGAGAACAAGACCCCACAGGAAGGACUCUGAGACACACAUACACACCCUGUCAGUAGCAUUGGCUGCAGGUCUUAUCCCUGUAAUUGUAGAGAGGUCAUAGCUGAGGUUACGAGUGCAGACUAAGGUCAGAGAGACCUCGACAAGCUGCUGUGACAAAGGCCAAUUAAACACAACAGAGAUGAGACAGAAUGAUCUACUCUACUGAAGAAGGAGCUAUAGCGAACAUAUUCUACUACAGGGACUACAGAUGAUGUUUAGCCGGCUGGCUAAAUCUGGUACAUCUUACUGAACUAUUGAUCCAUUUGCAUUGUUGUCUGGUCUAAUAAACCUAACUAAACAAAGUAACUCUUAAUCCAUCUUGGUUUGGACGUCCAUCUUGCUGUUUCUUCCCCUUCAGAUCCAUCAGACCAUUAGACAAUACAGUGUAUUUAGAUGUUGAGCUAGGAUUGACCCUCCAUCUCGCUUCCUCCCCUGUAGAUCCAUGAGACCAUAGAGACGAUCAACCAGCUGAAGACCCAGAGAGAGUUCAUGUUGAGCUUCGCCAGAGACCCCCAGGGCUUCAUCAAUGACUGGCUGCAGUCACAGUGCAGGGACCUCAAGGUAAACACACAGGAAAACACCACUAUGGGGCAUAGUUCAGGAGGGAGAAAACAUUCUGUCUGCAGUCACAGAGCAGGGACAUCAAGGUACACACACACAGGGGAAACACUGCUCUUGUGCUGCAUGUGGGUCAUAGUUCAGUAGGGAGGAAACGGGGAAUGAAACAGGGAGGUACUUCAGGGCUUUAUCAAUGACUGGCUGUAUUUAUUAUGGAUCCCCAUUAGUUCCUGCCAAGGCAGCAGCUACUCUUCCUGGGGUUUAUUAUGGAGCCCCAUUAGUUCCUGCCAAGGAAGCAGCUACUCUUCCUGGGGUUUAUUAUGGAUCCCCAUUAGUUCCUGCCAAGGCAGCAGCUACUCUUCCUGGGGUUUAUUAUGGAUCCACAUUAGUUCCUGCCAAGGCAGCAGCUACUCUUCCUGGGGUUUAUUAUGGAUCCACAUUAGUUCCUGCCAAGGAAGCAGCUACUCUUCCUGGGGUUUAUUAUGGAUCCCCAUUAGUUCCUGCCAAGGCAGCAGCUACUCUUCCUGGGGUUUAUUAUGGAUCCCCAUUAGUUCCUGCCAAGGCAGCAGCUACUCUUCCUGGGGUUUAUUAUGGUUCCCCAUUAGUUCCUGCCAAGGCAGCAGCUACUCUUCCUGGGGUUUAUUAUGGAUCCCCAUUAGUUCCUGCCAAGGAAGCAGCUACUCUUCCUGGGGUUUAUUAUGGUUCCCCAUUAGUUCCUGCCAAGGCAGCAGCUACUCUUCCUGGGGUUUAUUAUGGUUCCCCAUUAGUUCCUGCCAAGGAAGCAACUACUCUUCCUGGGGUUUAUUAUGGUUCCCCAUUAGUUCCUUCCAAGGCAGCAGCUACUCUUCCUGGGGUUUAUUAUGGAUCCCCAUUAGUUCCUGCCAAGGCAGCAGCUACUCUUCCUGGGGUUUAUUAUGGUUCCCCAUUAGUUCCUGCCAAGGCAGCAGCUACUCUUCCUGGGGGUUUAUUAUGGAUCCCCAUUAGUUCCUGCCAAGGCAGCAGCUACUCUUCUUGGGGUUUAUUAUGGAUCCCCAUUAGUUCCUGCCAAGGCAGCAGCUACUCUUCUUGGGGUUCCCCAUUAGUUCAUGCCAAGGCAGCAGCUACUCUUCCUGGGGUUUAUUAUGGAUCCCCAUUAGUUCCUGCCAAGGCAGCAGCUACUCUUCUUGGGGUUUAUUAUGGAUCCCCAUUAGUUCCUGCCAAGGCAGCAGCUACUCUUCUUGGGGUUCCCCAUUAGUUCCUGCCAAGGCAGCAGCUACUCUUCCUGGGGUUUAUUAUGGUUCCCCAUUAGUUCCUGCCAAGGCUGCAGCUACUCUUCCUGGGGUUUAUUAUGGAUCCCCAUUAGUUCCUGCCAAGGCAGCAGCUACUCUUCCUGGGGUUUAUUAUGGAUCCCCAUUAGUUCCUGCCAAGGCAGCAGCUACUCUUCCUGGGGUUUAUUAUGGAUCCCCAUUAGUUCCUGCCAAGGCAGCAGCUACUCUUCUUGGGGUUUAUUAUGGAUCCCCAUUAGUUCCUGCCAAGGCAGCAGCUACUCUUCUUGGGGUUCCCCAUUAGUUCCUGCCAAGGAAGCAGCUACUCUUCCUGGGGUGUUUUAUGGAUCCCCAUUAGUUCCUGCCAAGGCAGCAGCUACUCUUCUUGGGGUUCCCCAUUAGUUCCUGCCAAGGCAGCAGCUACUCUUCCUGGGGUUUAUUAUGGAUCCCCAUUAGUUCCUGCCAAGGCAGCAGCUACUCUUCUUGGGGUUUAUUGUGGAUCCCCAUUAGUUCCUGCCAAGGCAGCAGCUACUCUUCUUGGGGUUCCCCAUUAGUUCCUGCCAAGGCAGCAGCUACUCUUCCUGGGGUUUAUUAUGGAUCCCCAUUAGUUCCUGCCAAGGCAGCAGCUACUCUUCUUGGGGUUCCCCAUUAGUUCCUGCCAAGGAAGCAGCUACUCUUCCUGGGGUUUAUUAUGGUUCCCCAUUAGUUCCUGCCAAGGCAGCAGCUACUCUUCCUGGGGUUUAUUAUGGAUCCCCAUUAGUUCCUGCCACGGCAGCAGCUACUCUUCCUGGGGUUUAUUAUGGAUCCCCAUUAGUUCCUGCCAAGGCAGCAGCUACUCUUCCUGGGGUUUAUUAUGGAUCCCCAUUAGUUUCUGCCAAGGCAGCAGCUACUCUUCCUGGGGUUUAUUAUGGAUCCCCAUUAGUUUCUUCCAAGGCAGCAGCUACUCUUCCUGGGGUUUAUGGAUCCCCAUUAGUUCCUGCCAAGGAAGCAGCUACUCUUCCUGGGGUUUAUUAUGGAUCCCCAUUUAGUUCCUGCCAAGGCAGCAGCUACUCUUCCUGGGGUUUAUUAUGGAUCCCCAUUAGUUCCUGCCAAGGCAGCAGCUACUCUUCCUGGGGUUUAUUAUGGAUCCUCAUUAUUUCCUGCCAAGGCAGCAGCUACUCUUCCUGGGGUUUAUUAUGGAUCCCCAUUAGUUCCUGCCAAGGCAGCAGCUACUCUUCCUGAGGUCCAGCAAAAUUAAGGCAGUUAUAUACAAUUAAAAACAUUACAUGACGGACAGAUUUCACAACACAUGAAGUGUGUUCCCUCAGGCCCCUACUCUACUACUACAUAUCUACAAUAGAAAAUCCAUGUGUACAGUGCGUAUGUUGUUGUCUGUGUGGGUGUGCCUGUGUGUGUCUCUUCACAGUCCUCACUGUUCCAUUUGUAUCUGUUUUAUUACAUCUGAUUCUACUGCUUGCAUCAGUUACCUGAUGUGGAAUAGAGUUCCAUGAAGUCAUGGCUCUAUGUAGUACUGUGCGCCUCCUAUAGUCUGUUCUGGACUUGGGGACUGUGAAGAGACCUCUGGUGGCAUGUCUUGUGGGGUAAUGCAUGGGUGUCCGAGCUGUGUGCUAGUAGUUUAAACAGACAGCUCGUUGCAUUUAAGAUGUCAAUACUUAUCACAAAUACAAGCAGUGAUAAUCUGUCCUCUACUUUGAGCCAUGAGAGAUUGCCAUGCAUAUUAUUAAUGUUCACUCUCCGUGUACAUUUAAGGGCCAGUCGUACUGCCCUGUUCUGGGCCAAUUGUAAUUUUCCUAAGUCCCUCUUUGUGGCACCUGACCACACGACUGAACGGAAGGCCAGGUGCUACAAAACUAGGGCCUGUAGGACCUGCCUUGUUCAUAGUGCUGUUAAUAAUGUAGACCACGCUUUAUUAUGGACAGACCUCUCCCCAUCUUAGCUACUGUUGUAUCAACAUGUUUUGACCAUGACAGUUUACAAUCCAGGGUUACUCCAAGCAGUUUAGUCACCUCAACUUGCUCAAUUUCUACAUUAUUCAUCACAAGAUUUAGUUCAGGUUUAAGGUUUAGUGUAUGAUUUGUCCCAAAUGCAAUGCUUUUAGUUUUUGAAAUAUUUAGGACUAACUUUAAUUGGCUGUGGUCACAAUUCAGGGGCCGCAGGGUAAACUAACAGGAACACCACUAUGGGGCAUAGUUCAGUAGGGAGAAAACGGGAAACAGGGAGGUACCCCAAUCACUGGCUGCAGUCACAGAGCAGGGACCUCAAGGUAAACUAUGAACUAAAUUUAAGAGAACUGGUGCUGAGGAUUGAUUCUAGUUCAGAUAAGAAAUGAGAGGCCCCCAUGUGUGGGGAGCAGCAAUAUUAUAUUUUCUUUACCCUAAGGUAAACAAACACACUGGGAAACCACAGCUCUCUAGUCCUGUUCAGUUACUGAUUACCCUUUACAUAAUAUCUGGGUCGUGUUCAUUAAGAAGAAAAUACAUAGAAAUUAAGUGAAACAGGGAGAUACUACUUGAAAUUGUGUCCAAUAAAUACAGAUUUGUUGUUUUCUUUUGCAAAACAUUUUGAUGUGUGUCUUGCUGAACAUGACCCUCUCCUUGUGUUGUCAUGGACUUGGUUAGGCAUUAGCUAGCUGCCAUGGACGUAUGUUAGCCAUAAGCACUAGCUAGCUGCCAUGGACGUAGGUUAGCCAUUAGCACUAGCUAGCUGCCAUGGAAGUGUGUUAGCCAUUAACACUAGCUAGCUGCCAUGGAUGUAGGUUAGCCAUUAGCACUAGCUAGUUACAUGGACAAAGGUUAGCCAUUAGCACUAGCUAGCUGCUAUGGACGUAGGUUAGUCAAUUAGCACCAGCUAGCUGCCAUGGAAGUACGUUAGCCAUUAGCACUAGCUAGCUGCCUUGGACGUAGGUUAGCCAUUAGCACUAGCUAGCUGCCAUGGACGUAUGUUAGCCAUUAGCACUAGCUAGCUGCCAUGGACGUAUGUUAGCCAUUAGCACUAGCUAGCUGCCAUGGACAUAGGUUCCAUGUGUAGUGUUUGUUCAGCUGAUUCUUGGACAAGGACCAAACCCCAGACUGACUGGACUGUCAAUGACAACCAAAGGCUUUAUUAAAGGAAGUAUUACUAAAAGUUGUAUGUUUCUAAUGUAUAUGAUUAUUUUUUACAGACUAUGACUGAUGUGGUUGCGAACCCAGAAGAGGAGAGGAGAGCAGAGUUCUAUUUCCAACCCUGGGCCCAGGAGGCAGUGUGUCGUUACUUCUACUCCAAGGUAACCUCCUCACCUCCCACCAUUCUGUGUGUGUGUGUGUGUGUGUGUGUGUGUACGGUGGUGUGUGUGUGUGUGUACCGUGGUGUGUGUGUGUAAGGUGGGGGGGUGUACGGUGGGGUGUGUUUCGCUACACCUACGCCAAGGGAAAGCCCUCUCUCUUCUGCCAUUCAUUCUCCAUGAGGGUCGUCAUCGCUGAAUCACCAAGUGUUUUUUUCUGCCAUACUAAAUACUUGAAAACACAUUCUCUGAACAUGAUUUUCAGUUGUACUUUAUUUUACAGUACUGGUAUUUGCCUGAUGUUAACCUGGUAUUCCUUUCACUUAUAGCAAAUGCUGUAAUCCCUUCUAAAGUGCUCUAUGAAAUUGAAUUUCCAUUUUAUGAAAUUAAUAUAGUUAUUUAUCUGCAUUUUAAUCUCUUAAUUUUUAAUUUUUUUUAUGUAUUUCAGGUCCAGCAGAGAAGGCAGGAGCUGGAACAAGCCCUGGGAAUCAGAAACACUUAGAGAUGAUGAUGAUGUCGAAGAAAAACAGGCCAACCGAGGAACAAGAGUGGCCAUUCUCUCUGGGAGGAGGAAGAGAAGUGUGGGACAUUCAUAAAUACGCCCUUGAUUUUUUGGAAAACGUAGAUAAACAUCUUAGAUAUAGAUCUCCUUUACUGCUGGUGGUAACUAUAGGAUAUCUUUUUGAAAGUCACCUAGCAGGCCGUUAUGGUUAUGUAUCAAUGUUUGAUUUAUAUUUGUCCCGCUAAAAGAUCUUUUGACUUAUUUUCUCUCAAUGGUCUAUCUCUAUGCCUUACCUCAAUGCAUUCCCUUUUUGUGCUGAACUCUCUCACAAAUCGCCAAUCUUGAAUCUAUAUUCAGGCCUAAGGUUGAAAUGACCCCCAACUAAGUAUUGAUGCUACUCCACAACAACUAAUAUUGGGUAUUUUAACUUCAAUUAAAGUCGUAACAUUUGGCCAUUGUGAAAAAGCGUUGGGUUAAUUUUAAAUGCUUUGACUGUCUCGAACCCGCUCUGAGUCCAAACUAACUCAUAACUGAUCAGGUGAUAACCUACACGCACUACCAUUCUGGCUUUGGUCUGGAAUCGAUAUUCGGUGUUUGUUUGGUAUUGAUAGGGUUGUGAGUAUUCAGUGGUCUUUUAUUGCCGUGCUAGCUAUCCGUUUCUUACCAAGAUUAUUUGAAAUGGUUCAAGAGUAUUCUAGAAUUCUUGUUGUAGAAUAUUCUACUUUUAGAAUGUUGUGUGCUUCAAAAAUUAUCCCCUGAACACUUCGAAGCAUGAUGUCAGGCAGGCUUCACGAUAUUGUGAAGAUUCAGUCUGUUGGUUUAGUUCAUUAUUUAAGGGGCCAUUUCAUUUGAAACUAUUUUUGUGGAGCUUAGUUUUUUUGUUAAUGAUCUUUUUUUUUAUGUUUCGAAAGUAUGAAUUAUAUUAAGGCGUGUCUUGUUAGAAGUAAAAAAUAUUAAGGAAGUAGUGUUAGUAGUAAUUACCUCAAGUCUAUAUAGUUUUGUCAAAUUGAGCAGAACAACCUGAUGAUUGAUGUGAAGGAAAAAUGUAUGUUUUAAAGGGCAGACCAUCAUUUUGACUCACUGUCUAAUACUCCUAUCGUUUUCCCAAGACGUUCCCCUUCGAGUGAUCUCAAUGGUUUAAUCCAGAACAUUGUCUAUAACCUAGCAGCAAGUUGCAGUUGCUUGUUGAUCCUGUGUGGAACAACAUUCAAGGUUCUAUUGUUGGGUUAAGAUGAAUUCCUCUGGGUUUUCCUCUUUAGUAUUUGUUAGUGUGCAGAAGCCAUCGGCACCGAAGGAAGAGAAGCGUAGAGCUGGGUUCACUAGUAGAUGUGACAUAUUUAAGAAUGUCAUCUUUUUUGAUAGUAUGAUAGAACGCUUACGCCUGUUGUGUUGCGGUUUAGAUGUGAUGACAUGUAAAGGAUGUAUGAAGCUUUAUGGUUGGGCUCAAUUUGGUAUCAGUUCAGUAGUCAAGUGAAAUAAAGUGCCAUUUAUUUUCAAUUGAUUUUUUUUCUCCUAAAUGUAAUUGUAAUUUCAAUCCGUGUUGUAAUUGUCCUGAAUUGCCCCCAAGCCUGUAAAGGAUGAUACUGACGACUGAUUGAAAUCUUCAGACCUAAAUUGUAUUUUUCUCUUGUGGACCAAACCUAUUUUUUCCUGUAUGUUUUAAUCCUAUGCUAUAAUAAAGGAUAUCUUCAAUGAUAA